AUGGCCACUGCGACGGCCGCCCCCAAACCGCCCAACCCCACGGCCGCGGGAGCUCAGAGAUUGGCAGCCCCGAUUCGAUAUGCGCAGACGACACUUAAGUGGGCGGCUGUGCCUCGGAGCGAGAGCAUAGAGACCAAGACGGCGAAAGAUAAUGUGAUCAAGGGCGUCCAACCAACGAAUGGAUCUACCACAAUGUCAAAAGAAAAUAUGAUGCCAACACAAAACGCGGCUAAUGAGGCUGCCGCCGCAACACAGCGUAACGCAGCUCUUUUGUCAACGGCCCGAACGACUAAGCCGCAAGCACCUAAGCAAGCCCUCCAACAAUUACCGUCACCGCCGAUUGCGGAAAAGCAGACUGUCGAGCCGCCCAAGAAGACCGCCUCGCCCGCUGCCGAGCGCAACAUUGAUAAAAUUGUCCUCGGUAAUAUCUGCUUCAAAACCUGGUAUCCUUCAUUCUACGGCAAGGAAGUCCUGGGUGAACCUUCUUCCCGGUCCGACGCAGCUGCUCCCGGCGGCAAAAACCACCCACGACGUGAGCGCGACCCAUCGCCGAUCCUCGACCGACUCUACGUGUGUCCCUCUUGUUUCAAAUAUUCCAAAGAGCUCGUCAUGUGGCUAGAACACGUGCGGGUGUGCGAGGUCAAGGAAUUUGUUCCCGGCAGAAAGAUCUAUACCCACCCCAAGAAUAGUGGCAGGCCAGCGCUUGUACCUGUCGAGACGAAUGUGAAAGGUGGUGUAAAAAGGAGGAGAGGAGAUGCUGCGGCGGCACCUGUGCCACAAGCCGUACAGGAUGAUGGUGAGUGGAGCAUCUGGGAAGUAGAUGGUGAGAAAGACGUGCUCUUCCUCGAUAAUAAGUCCGUCUUCUUCGACGUGACGGGUUUCAAAUACUUUCUCCUUGUAUUUUCGCGGCCCACAAAAUCUCACAUCCCGGAUUCAGCGCCAAUCAUGAAGCACCAGAUCUGUGGCUUCUUCUCCAAGGAGAAGCUUUCCUGGGAUAACAACAAUCUCGCAUGCAUCCUAAAACCCAUCUCUGAGCUGGGCAGGAAGGGCUACAGGCGAUUCUGGGCAGGCGAGAUUGCGAGGUGGAUCCUAAGUCUCGAUGUCGCUUCCACAGCCGGCGCUGUAGCUGCUCGGAAGCGCAAGGCCGAAGAUAACGGCCCAGAGGAUCCGCAAGAGGUUGUCAUUGACAUUUACGAUUGUAAUUGCCUCGGCGUUCUCCGCGAGAUGGCUGUUGCCGAAGACGCUGGCUUGGGCCCGUCCAAGGCCCAACCCAAAGCCAAACCCAAAGCCAAACCCAUUAGCGCUAUUGAUAGCGCUGCCGAAGUGAGCCAAGAGGUCCUUGGGGAGGACAAGGCGGGCGAGGCCUCCGCCGAUGUGGCCCAAGAGGCAGAGGUGGAGAUCACUCCUCGUCUGGUUCCUAGGGUGCGUAUUGUAAAGGACGCAGUUCGAGCUUGGGUGGCCUCCCAACGGAUCAGCCUGCAACGAGCAUGUGACCCAGACGGGUUCGACCCGACAUACCUGGAAGAGUUGGAGACGCUGAGGAAGGAAAGCCUAGAAGCCGAAGAAAUCGCUCUGUGA